AACAAAUACAACUAUAUAUAUAGCUAAGUGUCUGGUUAAGACAGAAAAAAAAACAAGUUUUUUAAAUUAGUGUUUAAUUUGGCCAUGGGAAGAGCUCCUUGUUGUGACAAAACAAAAGUUAAAAGAGGACCAUGGUCUCCUGAAGAAGACAACACUCUCAAAAAUUAUCUUGAGAAAAAUGGCACUGGUGGCAAUUGGAUUGCUCUCCCUCAAAAAGCAGGCCUAAGAAGAUGUGGGAAGAGUUGCAGGCUAAGAUGGCUAAAUUACCUUAGGCCAGACAUCAAGCAUGGAGGUUUUACUGAAGAAGAAGACAACCUUAUUUUAACACUCUAUGGUCAAAUUGGAAGCAGGUGGUCUGUGAUAGCUGCAAAUCUACAAGGAAGAACAGAUAAUGAUGUGAAGAAUCAUUGGAAUACCAAAUUGAAGAAAAAGCUUUUGGCAGCUGAAAAUUACACUAAUCUUAGCAGCUGCUGCAGCUACAAUUCUAGUGAUUUAAAUCACAAAUUUUCUAUAAAUUCCUUUUCAAGAAAUUACUCUACAAUGGAUUCUAACACGUUCACAAGUCUAGUGGACACAAAUUUAACUAAUCCAAAUUUAUUAGUUCCAGAAAUGUUAGUUGCAGAAUCAGAUCAAUUAUUUCCAAUUCCAAGCCUGAUGGAAAUUCAAGAAAAUGGUGCAAUUCAAUUAGCUCAAGAUCAAGAAGAUGGUUAUGUUAUGGAUUUUAGCUCUGGAAUUUCAUCAUCUUAUUAUUAUGAUUUAGUAAAUGACUUUGAUUUUCAAGAGAAAUUUAUUGGAGUUGAUGAUCCAAAUUACUCCUCUAGCUUUUCCAAUUAUUCCACUUUGGUCCAGCUGCAAGCUAACAAUAUUCCUGACAUUGAUCAGACUUUCAGAGGAUUUCAAAAUUAGCCGAAGGGGCAGAUUUAAUCUAAUUAAGGAAAUAAUUGCACUCUUUAAUUUUUGUUUUAGGGACUUAGACUUCAGGUCAUUAAUGUUCUGUGUAUAUGAAUCUUAGUCAAGAAUGUUUAAAUUAGUUAUCAAUUGCUAUAUAGUGUUUUAUUUUCUUCUUA